AAAAAAAAUAACCCAACGACAAAGACAAAAAGCCCCCAAACCUAUCAAACAUAUACAUAAAUUAUAUAUAAAUAAAAAAGGCAAAUGAAGCAAAGAAUCUGAUUACCUUCUCUUCCUCCUCUGUUUCUCUCUCUUCUCAGUCCACAAUGGACUUUGUAUGAGAAAGAAACCCACAAAUCCAAAACUGCCGUUACCAAUUUCUCACCUUCUCUCUGUUUUUUCAUGGCAGCUUCUGCUGGGUUGGUCUCUGAGCCAACAUCACAACAACCAGAAGUGUUUCAAUGGCUAAAAAACCUACCAUUAGCACCAGAGUACCAUCCUACUCCAGCAGAAUUUCAAGAUCCAAUUGCCUACAUUUUUAAAAUCGAGAAAGAAGCUGCCAAGUAUGGUAUUUGCAAAAUCGUGCCCCCUGUUGUUGCAGCUCCUAAGAAAGCUGCAAUUUCUAACCUCAACCGCUCUCUCGCAGCUCGUGCUGGCUCCCCCAACUCCAAAUCCCCACCCACAUUCACUACCCGUCAGCAGCAGAUCGGGUUCUGCCCGCGAAAGCCCCGUCCGGUGCAGAAGCCCGUGUGGCAGAGUGGGGAAAACUAUACUUUUCAAGAAUUCGAAACUAAAGCCAAAUCAUUUGAGAAAAGCUACCUUAAGAAAGGCUCUAAGAAGGGUGCUCUUUCUCCUCUAGAGAUCGAAACCCUAUACUGGAAAGCUACUGUCGAUAAGCCUUUCUCUGUUGAGUAUGCAAACGACAUGCCGGGCUCUGCUUUCUCACAUAAGAAGACUGGAGGUAAGGAGCUAGGGGAGGGGGUUACUGUGGGGGAAACGGAGUGGAAUAUGAGGGGAGUUUCAAGGUCAAAAGGGUCAUUGUUGAGGUUUAUGAAGGAAGAGAUACCAGGGGUUACUUCACCUAUGGUGUAUGUAGCGAUGUUGUUUAGUUGGUUCGCUUGGCAUGUGGAGGAUCACGAUUUGCAUAGCUUGAAUUACUUGCAUAUGGGGGCAGGGAAGACUUGGUAUGGUGUACCGAGAGAGGCUGCAGUGGCUUUUGAGGAGGUGGUUCGGGUUCAUGGAUAUGGAGGAGAGACAAAUCCGCUUGUAACAUUUCAAGUUCUUGGAGAGAAAACCACUGUCAUGUCACCCGAAGUAUUUAUUAGUGCUGGUGUGCCAUGCUGCAGGUUAGUGCAAAAUGCUGGGGAAUUUGUUGUCACUUUCCCAAGAGCUUAUCAUUCAGGGUUCAGUCAUGGGUUUAAUUGUGGGGAGGCAGCUAAUAUUGCUACUCCUGAAUGGUUAAGGGUUGCUAAAGAUGCAGCUAUUCGAAGAGCUUCAAUUAAUUAUCCUCCAAUGGUGUCCCAUUUCCAGUUACUUUAUGAUCUUGCACUAGAACUAUGUACGAGAGUACCUGAUAACAACAAUGCUAAACCUCGGAGUUCUAGGCUAAAAGAUAAACAAAGGGGUGAAGGAGAAACUCUGGUUAAAGAACAAUUUGUAAAGAAUGCACUUCAUAAUAAUGAUCUGCUUCAUAUUCUUGGAAAAGAAUCUUCUAUUGUGAUUCUUCCUCGAAGUUCUUCAGACAUUUCAGUUUGUUCAAAUUUACGCGUUGGAUCUCAGUUAAGAAUGAGCUCCUCACUUGGGUUAUGCAGAAGCAAGGGGAUCAUGCAAUCCUCAAAAAGUUCUGUUCCUGAUGAAAUCAUGCUACAAAGGAACAAUGGAAUUAAUCAAGUAAAAGGCCUUUUCUCGGUUAAAGAUAAGUUUUCUCCUUUGUCUGAAAGAAAUAGGUUUUCCUCGUUGAAUGGAAAUGACAAGGCACAUACUAUGGACACAGGCAUUGAAAAUGGGUUUGCUGUUCAUGGUGACAAGUUGUCUGAUCAGCGACUGUUUUCAUGUGUUACUUGUGGAAUUUUGAGCUUUGAUUGCGUUGCUGUAAUUCAACCAAGAGAAGCAGCUGCUAGAUACCUCAUGUCUGCUGAUUGUAGCUUCUUUAAUGAUUGGGUUGUUGGUUCUGCUGUGACUAAUGGUGGGCUCUCUAUUGCUGGUGGAGACACAAACACUUCUGAGCAGAAUUCCUCUACUAAAUUGGCGGAAAAGAAUAUUGUAGAUGGUUUAUAUGAUGUCCCUGUUCAGUCUAUUAAUUAUCAAAUUCAGAUAGAUCAAAAUAAAGUGGCUUCCAAUGCCAAAACAGAGAGAGACUCUUCUGCUCUUCACCUGUUAGCUUUGAAUUAUGGAAAUUCAUCUGACUCGGAGGAAGACCAGGUUGAACCAGAUGUAUCAGACCAUGCAGAUGAAAUUAACAAGACAAACUGUUCAUUAGAAAGUAAAUAUCACUAUAGGAAUUCUGCUUUGUCUUCUUUCAAGCAAGAGUGUCAUCAUGGUGGAACUGUCAGUCAUAAUCUAUCUUCAUCAAGACUCGAUUGUGGAGAUAAAGUUCCUCCAACUGUGGAAGGCCAUGUAGAAAAUGGACAUGGGUUUAGACCAGCCAAUUUUGAGGUCAGAAGUGAUAAAACUCUAGACUGUUCCAUUGAGUUUGAAACUGAUAAUCUUGCUUCUAUGGAACCAAAUGGUUUGGAGCAUACAUUUAGAGAUCCAAUAUCAAUGCCACGCAGAACUUCAAAUUGUUCACCAGCUGUCCAUGAUACUGAAAAAGCAAAGUUUGGCAGAGUUGCUCCAAGAGAGAAUACAGAUACAUCAUUUGCUCAAAGAUCUGAUGAAGAUUCUUCUCGUAUGCAUGUCUUCUGUCUUGACCAUGCUGUAGAAGUGGAGCAGCAAUUUCGUCCAAUUGGAGGAGUGCAUAUAUUGCUACUCUGUCAUCCAGAGUAUCGCAGGAUAGAAGCUGCGGCAAGAUUAGUGUCAGAAGAACUGGGAAUUGAUUGUGUCUGGAAUGAUAUUACUUUCAGGGACGCCACCAAAGAGGAUGAGGAGAAUAUCCAGUCUGCUUUGGAUAGUGAGGAAGCCAUACCGGGGAAUGGGGACUGGGCUGUAAAGUUGGGGAUCAAUCUUUUUUAUAGUGCCAAUCUUAGCCGGUCCCCUCUUUACAGUAAGCAGAUGCCAUACAAUUCUGUAAUAUACAAUGCUUUUGGUCGUAGCUCUCCAACUAGCUCGCCUACAAAGUUAAAUGUUUAUGGAAGGAGGACUGUGAAGCAGAGAAAAGUUGUGGCAGGGAGAUGGUGUGGGAAAGUUUGGAUGUCUAAUCAAGUUCAUCCUUUCCUAGCAAAACGGGAUUCUGAGGAUCAAGAUCAAGAACAGGAACCAGAAAGAAGCUUCAGAUGUUUGACAAUGCCAGAUGAGAAGCUUGAUAGAAAACCACAAUAUAUCCACAAAAUUGAAACCACAUCAGCUGCUAGAAAAUCUGGGAGGAAGAGGAAAAUAACAGCUGCGAGUGGGCCACUUAGGAAAGUGAGAUGUCCUGACAUAGAAGGUGCAGCUUCAGAUGAUCCAGAAGGGGAUGUUUCUCAUAAGCAGCAAACAAGAGUUUAUAGUAGGAAGCAAACUAUGCGAAUUGAGAGAGAUGUUUCAUAUAAUUUAUUGGAAGAUAAUUCUCAUCAGCAGCCUGACCGAAUUCAUAGAAGCAAACAGGCUAAAUCUUUUGAUGGGGACAAUGCAGUUUCUGAUGAUUCAUUUAUGGGCAACUCUCAUCAGCAUCAUAAAAGAAUUCUUAGAAGUAAACAGGCCAAGUCUAUUGAGAGCGAAAAUGAUGUUUCUUAUGCUUCUGUGGAGAAUAAUUCUAAAAAGCAACAUAGCAGAAAUCCUAGAACUAGGAGUAAGCAAGUGAAAUAUGUUGAGAGGAAAAAUGAAAUUUCAGAUGAUUCGCUGGAAGCUGAAGUUCAUGAAUGGCAUGGGAGGCUUCCUAGAAGCAGAAUGGCCAAGUAUUUUGACAGGGAAGACACAGUUUCAGAUAAUUCACUUGAUGAGAGUUCUCACAGGACACCAGGGAGGGCUCACAGAGGCCAACAAGGCCCAUAUAUUGAUAAGGAAGAUGCAAUUUCAGAUGAUUCAGUGGAAAAUAGUUCUCUUCAGCAGAACAGAGGGAGUUUUAGGGGAAGCCACACCAAAUAUAUUGAGAGGGAAGAUGAAGUUUCAGAUGAUAUGCUGGAAGAAAGUACCUAUCAGCAGCAUGCAGCAUCCCAUAGCCGACGAGCCAAAUUUAUGGACAUGGAAGGUGAGGUAUCUGAUGAACUACAAGAGGAAAAUACUCAUCAGAAGUGCACGAGGAUUCUCAGAAGCAACCAAGCCAAAUUUGCUGGUGCUGGUUCAGAUGAUUCCUUUGAGGACAGUAUUCAGCGGCAAAGAGUCCCUAGAAGCAGAAGCACCAAAUUUUUUGAGCGUGAAGAUGCAGUUUCUGAUGAUUCGCUGGAAGAUGAUGCUCAUCUGAAGCGCAAGAGAAUUCCUAGAAGGAAGAAGGCCAAAUUUAUGCGGAGAGAAGAUGUCUCAGAUCACAUGCAGGAGGAUGAUGCUAAAUGGCAGCCAAAUAAGACUCCUAGAUUCAAGCAAGCCAAAUUUAUUGACAGGGAGGAUGUAUCUGAUGAUCUGCCAGAGGAGGAUACAUAUUGGCAGCCAAGGAAGACCUCUCAACGCAAACAAACAACACAUACUGAGAGAGAUGAUGUUUCAGAUGAUAUGGGGGAGAACAAUACUUGUUGGCAGCCAAGUAAGACUACUAGAGGCAAGCAAGCCAAAUUUAUGGAGAGGGAAGAUGUAGUUUCGGAUGACUUGCUGGAGGAUAAUCCUAAUAAGCAGCAGAGUAAGAUCCUGAGAAGCAAGCAGACCAAACCAGUGGCUGUUCCCAAAAUGAAAUUAGAAACUCCUCGGCAACUGAGACAAGGGACUGCUAGGCCAAAAAGGAAAGAGAAUUCCCAAUCAAUCAAACGAGGUAAGCAAAUGAAGCAAGAAACUCCUCAGCUCCGGAAUGCCAGACAGGUCGAGUCACAUUUUGAAGAGGAGCUAGAUGGUGGACCUAGCACACGCCUUAGAAAAAGGCCUUCAAAGCCUUCAAAAGAUCCUGAAACAAAGCCAAAAGAGAAGCUGCAAAACAAUAAGAAAAAGGUGAAGAAUGCUUCAGCUAUGAAGCCUCUGACUAGCCGGAAGAAUGUGAGAAAUAAGGAUGAGGAUGCAGAAUAUCAUUGUGACAUUGAGGGUUGCUCCAUGAGUUUUAGCUCAAAACAAGAGCUAGCAUUGCAUAAAAGAAACAUUUGUCCAGUCAAGGGGUGUGGAAAGACUUUCCUCUCACAUAAGUAUCUAGUGCAGCACCGCAGAGUCCACUUGGAUGACCGCCCCCUUAAGUGCCCCUGGAAGGGCUGCAAGAUGGCAUUCAAAUGGGCAUGGGCUCGGACUGAACACAUCAGGGUUCACACCGGUGCUCGUCCUUACGUGUGUGCAGAGGAAGGUUGCGGGCAGACAUUCAGAUUUGUAUCAGAUUUCAGUCGUCACAAAAGGAAGACAGGCCAUUCGGUGAAGAAAAGCAGAGGUUGAUGUAGUUUGAGAAAUGUACAAUUUAACAUUGCUAAUGGAACUAUUGUUCAAUUGACAGGGUAGCGCUUAGGUUUAAAGAUAGGUGUAGAUCAUUAUCCCUGUAAUUGUCAUUCUGAUUUAACAUUUAAUUAUCCUUCUUUUGUCAUGGGUCUUAAUUAGACCCAUUUAUUCACU